AUGUCUCGGACUACCAAUGCCGGCGUUCAGAGCAUAUCCUCUGCUCGCAACUCCAGCCUGACCGAGAAGUAUAGACGUAAUGGGAAACUGCAGUCUUGUGAGCCAUGCCGCAAGAGCAAGCUCAGAUGUGAUCAUGUGGUUCCGGCUUGUGGGCGGUGUGUCAAGCGUCAGCGAACCGACCUUUGCUUCUAUCACCCCAACCCACUCACGCAGCAGCAACGAUCUCGGACACCUCCCAAGGCGAUCCCGACUCCUUCUUCCUCAGCUUCCCAGGCCAGUCCUCAUGUUGUCGCGCAGUCUAUCGAGUCAUGCUCGACAUCUCCUGAGAUCUCGGGGUCCUGGGCUCCAGAUACCCUAGCCGUCUUCAAUUCCGAUACCUCAACCACUCCAGCUCCCGGCCAUGCCGUCUGCCAGCCCUUCCACAGGGCAGCCUCUGCGCCCCUGCUGGAUUAUCAACGGGCUCCAGAGGUGCGGAAAAAUGCCGGUUUCCUCGGGCCAAACUCUUAUUCCAACAUCCUAUCUGAAGGGUUAUGCAUCCUGGAGCCUGUUUCCACAGACUUGGAUGCGACUAUUAGUACACAGCAACAGAGAAUCCAUAUCAGUAAUGAAAGGAUAACUCAGGGAUGCAAGGUUCUUGCAUUCUUCAGACGUAGGCCUAUGAUCCACCGAUUCAUCGCAAGAUGGUACGAAGUCUGUGAGGGCACACAAGGCAUUGUUAUCGAGGCCAUCAUGAAAGAGUGGCUCAAAAAGCUCUGGCUUAACCAUGGAGACACCCUUGCGAGCCAAGAGCCGACCAAGAUACGAAAGCUGAGUGAGCUGAUCUGGCGCAACACUUUAACGCCAUUGGUAUUCAAUGGGAAGACAACUGCACUGGAAUGGGCCCGUCUGGCCACUGGCCCAGGGCUUCGUUGGGAAACCUUGGGACUCAUUGCCGUGAACAUCGGUCUCUGCGCGGUUGAGACAUCCGAGUCGGACCAACUGUUCGUGGAGGGUGAAGUGACGCGGUUGUGUCUGAUUAACCUCAUGAAAGAAAUUUCGGAGGACUGUCUGAGCUUUUGCCGGUAUUGCGAAGUGCUCGAUGAUUUAUUUAUCUGGCUCUUGUCCGAGGAUUCGGGUCUCGUGGGUGCAGUCAAGGGAGACCGAGAUUACUCAACCUACAGGGCAACAGGCGAAGCGCACAGUGCCGUUAUCGCCAUGGGCCUUCAUCAAGGCAUCAAAUCAGACGAAAAAGUACCAUUCUUUCUCGCGGAGAUGCGCAAGCGCGCCUUCAUCUGUGCUUACUACCAGGAGAUCAGUGUCGCCUCAUUCCUCGGUCGCCCGCCACGGUUGUCGUAUCGGUACUGUACCCUUGACCCACCUCUCGACUUGACAGAGAAACAACUCCUGCAGACGGGCCCUGAGCUCGAAGCUACACUUGCAUCUCUCGAUAAAGAUGGGUACAACACAGCCGGCAACUUGCAGCAUGCCGGUUGGACUCGUUCCUACGCCAACUGCGCCAUGCGCCGCGAAGAUGUGAUUGAUCUUGCCAUAGGCCACUACACACGCGACGAGAUCCUCGCUCGCGCUAAAAUAAUACAGGAAAAGCAUGAUGCACACUGGUCCUCGCUUCCGCCUUACCUGGCCAAGCCCUCCAUAGAGCCCUUUGACUUCACUGACGCCGCCGCCGCCAAACCCCUCCACGCUUUGCAAAUCAUCGUGUUGCGCAACGGGCGGCGGUCUAACGAGCUCCUUUUGCAGAGAGUUCUCAUUCGGAAAACGGGGGCCACCCCUGAAAAGUUGAUAGCAACCGCGCUCGACAUCUUCAAGGAUAUCCUACAAAUUACACACCGGCACGACAUCGCGACGAUUUUCAAGACGAGCUUCAGCUUCAUACUAAGCUCCCACGGGCUGCGGAGCGCGGCGAUCGUGGCGAUCGAGUUGCUGAAACAAGAGAUGCUACCCCAGUACCCAGAGGAGCCGCUGCUCCCCCGAAGCCAGACGAUCCAGGACCUUGCCAUUUUUGCAUCCCGCCUGGGGUCGGUGCAGCCGACAGACGGGUGUUACAGUGUGUGCGAGCAGGGCAAGAGGGUGAUCACGAAGAUCUUGGACAGAAUCCUCAGCCCCAGUCCGCCUGUUGCUCCACAGAGGCAGAACAGUGGCAGCGUCUGCAAUCACACGCAGGGGCAGGGGCAGUUGCAGCCUCAACAACAGAUGCAGGGGAUGCUCCCAACGCUGAUGGACAUGGAUGGCACACCGAUGAAUACACUGGGGUCGAUGAAUGGAAUGGUGAUGGGUGUCCCGGAUAUGGGCUACUCCAUGGGGAUGACGGAUGUAGGUUUCGGCGCAGAAGCACCCAUGAGCUUGGGACAUGAUUCAGAUUUCAUGAGGUGGCUGGAUGCUAUGGAUUGGGAGAGGAUAGACCAUUGGGGCAAGAUGUGA